UAUCUUUAUUACAGGUAGAGAUCCCGAAUACUCCCGACAGUACACUACAACGGGAUGCAGUAACAACAUCCUGAGCAAUCGUAUCAAUUAUGUCUUUAAUCUCUUGGGUCCGAGGUGAGGGAUAAUUUUACUGCCUUAUAUCGUGAUGAUGCUACGAACACGUACUGACGACUUCGCCAGUGUAACUAUGGACACGGCUUGUUCAUCUUCUAUGUACUCUCUACACAUGGCUGUCGCAGCAAUCAGGAACGGCGAUUGCGACUCGGCAAUCGUAGCGGCAUGUAACUGCAUAAUGGACCCAGCACAGCAUAUAAUGAUGACAUCACUUGGUGUUCUAUCGCCGUCUUCGACGUGCCAUACCUUUGACGCGUCAGCAGAUGGGUAUGCCCGCGGAGAAGGGUUUGUAGCUCUUUAUAUAAAGAAGCUAUCUGACGCCGUCAACGGCGACUUCCCUAUUAGAGCCGUCAUCAGGGGUACUGCGGUCAAUUCUAACGGACGAACUGCUGGCAUUACUCACCCCAGCAAGGAAGGCCAAGAGGCUGUUAUCCGCAGCGCGUAUGAUAACGCGGGGCUUGCGUUGAGAGACACCACCUUCUUUGAAUGCCACGGGACUGGCACCCCGGUGGGUGACCCUAUUGAAGUCUCUGCUAUCGGCAACGCCUUUUCCUCCGAAAAAACACUUGAAAACAAUCUCCUUCUCGGCUCUGUCAAGACCAAUCUAGGACACACGGAAGCGUCGAGUGGCAUUGUUGGAAUUAUGAAAGCAGUACUGGCUAUUGAAAAGGGAGUUAUACCACCCAGCGUCGGUUUUAUAACUCCCAAUCCAAAAAUCGACUUUCAGAAGGCCAGGGCUGUCGUGGUCACGGACGCUAUUCCGUGGCCUGCUGGCCAACUUCGCCGCGCUUCCAUCAACUCCUUUGGAUAUGGCGGUGCCAACGGCCAUUGUAUCAUCGACCAUGUUAACAUCUUGCUCCCUAAUUACGUGAAACCCGGAGUGGUGGCUACUCGCAGCCCUGCUGGGUGCAUCAACGCCAACGGCACUAAUUGCUAUCCCGGCAAUAUGCUGAUACACUACCCCCUUUCGGCUGUCCCAAACGUCGUUCAAAAGGCCGAUGCUGCUACUCGCCGAUUCACAAUAUUGCCGUUAUCAGCGCAUAACGAUGCCUCGUUGAAAUUAAACAUCGCUGCUUUAUCUGGAGUCAUAGACAGAUCAUGUCUCGCAGAUAUAGCAUAUACACUAUCAGCAAAGCGAACCAUAUUCGGUCAGCGAGCCUAUUGCAUUGUGGAAAGGGAGAAAGUGCAACCAGGGCUAGUUCUUAAAAGCGAACAUUCCCAGCGUGUUUCUGGAUCGGAUAUUCCAAGGUUGGGAUUCGUAUUUACAGGGCAAGGCACACAGUGGCACGCUAUGGGGGCCCAAUUGCUUCAAUACGAAAUAUUCCGGAGAUCCAUUGUAUAUAUGGAUUACAUCCUCGCGACCGUUUCAGAUCCACCCGCAUGGAAGAUCGAAAACAUCGUUGCUGGGGAUUGCGAACCUGAACGCAUCCACGAGCCAGAAAUAUCACAGACUGUCUGUACUGCUGUGCAAGUUGGCGCGACGGAUCUACUAGCAUCGUGGGGUGUGAGACCAACCGUAGUUGUUGGCCACUCAUCGGGUGAAAUAGCUGCCGCGUAUGCAUGCGGCCGCACAACUCUCACCGAGACUAUCCUAACAGCAUUUACUCGUGGUCGAAGCAUCUUAGCGAGCAUUACCGACGGUGCAAUGCUUGCAGUUGGCCUGGGAUUUGAUGAGGCUAUGACCUAUAUUCGGGAAACACAAGACGGAGUACAAAUAGCCGCUAUUAACUCCCCUAGUAGUGUUACAUUCAGUGGCGACUUAAAGGUUAUAGAACAGCUUGCUAUAAAAUUCAAUGCCCGGGGAAUAUUCAAUCGCUUGCUUCGAACAGGUGGAGCAGCCUACCACUCCCAUCAUAUGCGCCAAGUCGGGCACAAAUACGAGACCAUGUUAUCCGAGGCCCUUGCUCGCGCAGCAAACCUUGGGCUAGUUGACGGGAGACAGAAACACCAGGCAGCAGCCUGGAUUUCGUCCGUUUAUCCUGAGAAAAAUAUAGAAGAUAUCAACAAUAUGCCUCAAUAUUGGAGGUUAAAUUUGGAAAGUCCGGUACGGUUUCUCGAAGCAAUAGCGAAAACCUUCAGUUCGGAAAGUGGUACGACAGACGCCUUCAUCGAAGUUGGGCCGCAUCCUGCCCUCAAAGGCCCCGUCACCCAGGCCAUGAAGAGUUAUGGAUUGGAGAUACCAUAUAUCCCAUGUCUCACGCGAGGGGAAGAUUGCCAAAUGUCUCUACUGCGUCUAGCAGGAACAUUAUUUUGCUUGAAUGCUCAUAUCGAUAUGGCGCUGGUCAAUUCAACCGACGAAAUCGAUCCUAAUGGCACCCUAAGCCUUGUACAUGGCUGUACAUCAUUGGAUCUCCCACCGUAUAAGUACUCGUACGGGCCCAUACAGUAUUACGAAAGUCGACCCAGUAGGGAGUAUCGCCGUCGUAACAUUGCAAGGCACGAUCUAGUCGGCUCAAAGAUACCUGGAUGCACCCACCUCAAGCCGCAAUGGCGCAAUGUAAUUCGUCUAAAAGACAUUCAAUGGCUGGGCGACCAUCGUUUGGCGUCAGAUGUCGUGUUCCCUGCCGCCGGUUAUAUAAGCAUGGCGGUCGAAGUAGCUUCUCAAGUGUAUUCCGAAUCUAAUUAUACACGUCUACCACAAGGAUUCUUGCUCAGUAAUGUUAUAUUCAAUACUAUGUUGCGGAUUCCGGAAGACGACUACGGCGUGGAAGUAAUUACCAGUCUGGACCUUACCGAAGGUACUUAUAUGAGCUUUUCUAUUACUUCGGUUUCUCGGGACAAUGAGCAAUGGUCCGAAUGCUGCUCAGGCAGAAUAAGAGUGUAUAACCGUAUUAGAGAACCUAGCGUAGAGCCGGCGGUCGGGGUGGACGCUAGACUCCUUGAUACUGGCGUAUGGUAUAGAACUUUUGCUAAUGUUGGGCUGCAAUAUGGCCCAUCAUUCCGGGGUUUGCAUACGGUUCGGGCCGACCCUGUCCGGAAGCUUGCUGCGGGCGAGGUCGCAUUGGAUGCCGCAAAAGAGGAGAAUGUAGGCGAGAAGGCGUCUAGGUAUGCGCUUCACCCAGCAUCGCUAGAUUCUAUCCUCCAAUUGGGCCUCAUUGCCUGUCACGGUGGCCAGAUCGACCUAGUCAAAAGCGCAUAUCUGCCAACUCGCAUAGAGGAAAUGUAUCUGCAGAGUAACAUAUCCGGCUCUACUGGGAUUGCUUCAGCUACCGGCGACCUACGAGGUCUUCGAGGGGCUUACGCCAACUUGCGGAUGCGGAACGAUUCCGGUGAUGUGGCAAUGACUAUAACGCAAUUAUGUUGCACCCGACACGGAGAGACGUCGUUAGCUAGCUCCCUGAACACAAAAUUUGCUGCUCCAGUAACGAGAUUGACCUGGAAGCCCGAUAUCCGCACCAUGAACAACUCGCAGGCUGCGGUAAUAUUUCAAACUCCGCCGAAGAAUGCAAACCAGACUCAUCUCUUCGACGUGUUCGACAGACUAUGCAACCUAAUUGUUGCUGAAAUAUUCGAUACCUAUGUCUCAGGACAGGUACUACCAAAUACCUCGGAAGACAUAAAUUACUUCACGUCAUGGGUCCGCCAACGUAUGGCAGAUCAAACAGCUUACAUGUUGGAGGCGAAAACACUGUCGAAAUCGGAGCGCCAGAAUAAGCUGGCGGAGAUUGUUCGAGAAACCGAUUGCUACGCGGAGGUACGAAUAGCAAAGCAAGUCUUCGAGAAUAUCGGCGAUAUCUUGCACGGGAACAAAUCCGGUCUCGAUGUGGUUGUCGAAAGUGGAUUACUGACCUCAUUGUAUGAAGAGGGAGUAUUCAUGACUGGUGCUUAUACACAGGUCCAUAGACUAUUCCAAUCCAUUGCCUACGUCGAGCCCCAUUUGCACAUCCUUGAGAUUGGAGCCGGGACGGGCGGUGCCACUCGCGUCAUAAUGGAAGCUUUGACCGGCCCCAAUGGCAUCAAGCAUUAUAGCCACUACACCUUCACGGACAUUUCAAAGGGGUUCCUUUCAGCAGCCCACGAGUCACUUUCAAGUCACCAGGAUAUGGAGUUUUCUAUUUUGGACAUUGAAGAGGACCCUCUCGCCAACGGCUUUCAACCAAUUUAUGACCUAGUCGUUGCAUCAGAAUGCCUUCACGCUACCUCGUGCAUCAUUAAGACACUGGAAAAUUGCCGAAAGCUUUUGAAACCCAAUGGACGAUUAGUUCUGGUUGAGAACAUCAGAACGGUAACUGGUUAUGGUCUAGUACUCGGGACUCUCCCGGGAUACUGGAGCGGAAUCUCAGACGGGCGCAUUGAGAGCCCGUUCCUCAGUCUUGAGGGCUGGGACAUGUCGUUAAAGGCGGCCGGAUUUUCUGGGACAGAUAUUGUCCUCAACGACCAUCCUGCUCCAUAUGCGACCACUUGUACCAUCAUGUCCACAUCUGUACCAGUAGAUGAUAUCAACACCAAUUUCCACGAGCCCGAAGCCGAGGUUCUGUUUUUAUAUGGGAAAAAUGAGCCUGAGUUUUUGAUUCCGUUAACUAAAGAGUUCGAACGGCGUCAGGUCAAGCUCAAACCAACUCGAUUCGCCACAUAUGGAUCUGUCCCACUCUGUCCCCGCAUCAUCGCUUUCCUAGACGCUGGUGCUCCAUUUAUUAAUGGUGAUGAUAAUUUCAUCGAAAUCUUCCAGGAUAUUAUUAGGAAUGUCUCAACGAUGAUAUGCGUAACCAGUUGCGGGAUCGUCAAAGGAUUUGACCCUAGUGCUGGGGUGGCAGCCGGCUUGUUGCGCAUCAUUGGUACGGAAAACCCAACCGCGAAAUUCCAGUUCAUCGAUAUAGAUCCAGAUAGCGAUCCCAGGGACCCAAAUCUAGCAGAAUCAAUCGUUAACCAGGAGUUGUCCCUCCAAGAAAUCGAUGCUGACACGAGGAUAGAGCGCGAGUAUGUUUGGCAACAAGGGUGCCUCUGGGCCAGCCGAAUAGUACCAGAUAACAAGAUGAGGAACUAUUACGAGAUAAUCGAAACGCCUGCAAAUCGGACAGAGAUGUUAUCUUAUGAUUGCAACGAACCCGUCCGAGCGGAUUUUGAGACGCCAGGAAUCUUGACAUCCUUAUACUUCAAACCUGACGAGGAAUCAUGGAAGCCCCUUCCGGCGGAUGAUUGGGUCCAAAUUAAAGUAGCCGCUAUUGGCCUUAAUUGGAAAGACCUUGCUGUGGCUUCUGGUCAGUUGGACAGGAAUUUUUGUUCAUCCGAAUUCUCAGGCAUCGUCGACAAAGUUGGUCCGGCGGUAGCACGACUAUCACCGGGCGACAGAGUGUAUGGCUUUGCUAAGGGUCAUUUCGGCAAUUACGUACGCACACCAGAAGCAUUGAUUCAGCGAUUACAGCCAGACGACGACCUUGCUGAGAUGGCGACUAUCCCGAUUGUAUAUGCAACUUCCAUUUACGCAUUUGACCAUAUCAAAAAAUUGAAAGCGGGUGAUAAAGUCCUAAUCCAAACGGCCACGGGCGGGCUUGGGCUAUCCGCUAUUCAAAUUGCGCGUCUAAAGGGGGCCGAGAUUUUCGCAACAGCUGGAACGCCUCAGAAGAUGCGUCAUCUCAUCGAUGAGGUGGGCAUCUCAGCCAGUCACGUAUUUUCCUUGCGCAGCGCUGAGGAAUUCCCCAAACUUAUGCACGCUUGCGGCGGUAAAGGGUUCGACGUGAUACUCGGCACUGCAAUAGGCGACAUGCUACACGAAUCGGUUAAACUCGUUGCUCCAUUGGGAACGUAUAUAGACGUGGGCCGAGUUGAUGUGCAGAACUCUAUGUCAAUCGGUCUAGAGCUUUUUCAAAAAUGCGCUUCCUUUUCCUCUUUCGAUCUAGCAGAUGUCAUCGACACUAAUCCAAAAUUGGGCCACGACCUUUUAGAGUCAACAGAGGCGUAUCGUCGAAAGGGGCUCAUCAGUCCUAUUCGGCCUAUGUCAACUUCAGAUAUAUCGACUCUUGACCGGACUCUACUUGAGUUCUCUAAAGGGAUCCAUAUUGGAAAACUAGUUAUCACCUUCCAACAAUCAGAUACGCUUCUUAAACGAGUACCGGCCAUUCCCAGGAUUGUCUUCGAUACUAGUGCUUGCUACCUAGUCACUGGAGGCAUGGGAGGUCUUGGGAGAAGCAUACUUCGAUGGAUGACGCAACAUGGUGCCCGAAAUUUCCUCGUCCUUUCGAGAAGCGGAACCAACACUCCUGAAGCCCAGCAGCUUGUAUGCGAGCUAGAAAUUAUAGGAGUCAUAGUACACGCCGUCCAAUGCGAUAUCAGCAUUGCUGAUGAUGUAUCGUCAGUCGUGAUGGAGUAUUCACGGAGGCUAAACAUCAAAGGCGUCGUCCACGCUGCUGUCUCCCUUCAGGACCUGUCAUUUGACAAGCUUACUGGGGAGCAGUGGAGAGCAGGCCUAGCAGCCAAGGUUCAAGGAACAGUGAAUCUGCAUAAAAGUACCAUGGCUCUGGCACUUGAUUAUUUUAUUAUGAUAACAUCGUUGUCAUCCGUAGUAGCACCCGCUACCCAAAGCGCUUAUACAGCAGCCAAUAAUUUCCAGGAGAUGUUUGCUCGUUAUCGACGAAGGCUCGGCUUAAAAGCCUCCACUGUAUCCUGCGGACUUGUAACCGACGUAGGACCGUUAAGCACGGACGAUGUGGCACGGGCGCUCAUGGCUCGUAAUAGAGUUCUUAGUAUAACCGAGUACGACUUUUUGCGGCUGCUAGAACUAGCAUUCAUCAAUGACCAUGUUGGAUCCACUAAUGACGAGAUAGAAAAUUGGUACGGCGCUCAUGACGAUCCUCUCUCGGGUGCCAGUAUUAUUACUUGCCUCGAUCCCAGACGUAUGGCCAACGCAAGACGAGAGGCAGGAUAUGCUAAACAGGAUAGCAUUGGGGACCCUACUCCGCGCUGGUACAGUGAUCCUCGAGUAAUUCAAAUAAUUCGCGCUGCCAGUGACGCUGAAAGAAUUCAGGAGGACGGCAACUUUGAGGCAAAGACGGGGAGUCAUGAAGUCACGCAACUCCGAUCAAGUUUUGAUGACGCAAUUGCAAAGGGCCCAGAGAAUCGCAUUGAUAUUGAAACCAUAGUCACCAGCGCCAUUGCAGGAGCGGUAGCAAAGAUGCUAUUGAUUGACAUCAUAGACAUUGACCCAACCAAGACAGUUGCCGCUUACGGUAUUGAUAGCCUCAUCGCAGCUGAGCUGCGAAAUUGGCUCUAUAAGUCAUUCGGUGUUAAUAUUAGCAUGCCCGAUUUACUCGAUACAAGCAUUUGUAUGAAGGAUCUUGCGGGUAUGAUUGUGGUCUCUGCUCUGGAAGCCUGACGGGAGGUCGACAUAAAUAUACCAUUCAGUUAAUAUGAACCAUUCGUCGGUAGUUAUUAUUAUGUAAUGGACCAAGGGCUAAGGCCAAUUUCAGGGCAGAUGAGUGCCACAAAAGUUGAGGCGGGUAAGUUAAGAGGCUGUUGCAAUGAAUGAUAUAUAUGGUGUAAAUGGUGUUGUAUUUUCUAGGAUUGCUUUAACAGUCAGAAACCGUGAGAAUUCAGCUUUAUCCCACCUUAGUCACGGUAGUGGAGCGUGCUUAGGUAGUGAGUCGUGCGACCGUAACUCUCAGUUUCUAAGCAGAAUUACCGUUUCACUCCGUUUUCCUGCCGUCUUAACAUCCUCAUAUAUUAGGAUCAUCCAAAGUUAUGACAACCCAUAUGUUGCUCGUGCUAUUGACAUACUCUAGGG